AUGGCAUCCCAGCUCCCAAGAAUACUAUCAGUUUCCAGCCCUAGGAUUCUAUACCAUUUCGCUAUUACCGGACUACAAGCAAUUGCGGCCUAUUAUAAUCUCGAAAUCCCCCGGAAAGAGCUAAAAGAGAUCCUACAUCAACUUCCUGAAGGAGCGGAUGCCUGUCUGCAGGUAAUUGUAUGUCAAAUUAAUGCCAAUUUUGCCCCAGAUAGCCCUCCCGAUGAUGGUAUUAUCCAGCUUAUGUCUGGGGAAGCUGGGAGUGAAGAACGAGAGAUGGUCCUUGAGGAUGCAUGGCAGGUUUAG